CAGAUAUGACCCCUAUAAUAAUUUACCCUUUUAUUGUUUUCCUGCUGCUUUUAUUUCUCCCCAGUUUGCACUUCACCGAUGCUUCCAUCACCGAUAUUACUUGGCCUAGUAACUACACCAAUGAAGAUAGAAGAAGUAUACGGUUGGCUAUAUCCGGGAACUUAAUCAUGGAAAAUGGGACAUAUGGCUCGAACUCGGAUAACUUAACGACGUGUGGGGCCAAUCCUGUCUGCGGCAAUUUCAGCAUAUGCAAUGUGACAGACACGACUUUGGGGGCGCCGAUGGCAAUAUUGGAGCCUGUGAAUCAGCUUGCUUGAAUCAGUGCUCUUGUAUGGGUUAUUCUCAUGGUCAAGAUAAUCGCUGCCUGACAUGGAAAGGCCCUCUUAUAAAUCUGAGACAAUUCUCGGAAAACAAUACAUUAUAUACAAACGAAUUCUAUCUGAAACUUGCUGAUCGUCCGGACUUGCUUCCCAAAGACACAAACUCAACGAAUGGAACUGUAACAGAUUCAGGAUUUAAGAAUACAAAGGAUAGAGGAAAUAACCAAUUAAGGAAAAUUGUCAUUCCGACAGCAUCUUUUGCAGUCGUUGUUACAUUGGGCCUUUUCAGUUAUUAUGCGACGAGGAGAAAGCUCAGAAGGAAGGGUGAGUAA